ACGCCUGUGGCGCGGCCCGAGCCCACCUUAUCGCCACCUACCCAUCGCCAAAAAGCCUUCUUUACCUUCCGCUCCGCCGCCGACGACCGCCAUGGCCUCCGUCACCGCCGCCGCGCAGACCACCCUCCUCUCCGCCGCGACCGCCCCUACGUCGCUCUUCCAGGCGGCCCCGUCCUCUGCCCGCCCUUUCCACCCGCUCCGCCUCGUCUCCGCGGGCAGGAGGACGCUCGUCGUCGCCGACGCCACCAAGAAGGCCGUCGCCGUGCUCAAGGGCACCUCCCAGGUCGAGGGCGUCGUCACGCUCACCCAGGAAGACGACGGUCCUACGUCGGUUAACGUCCGUAUCACUGGGCUUACUCCUGGACUUCACGGCUUCCACCUCCAUGAGUUUGGCGACACGACUAAUGGGUGCAUCUCAACAGGACCACACUUUAACCCAAAUGGCCUGACACAUGGUGCACCAGGGGAUGAAGUCCGUCAUGCGGGUGACCUGGGAAACAUUGUUGCCAAUGCUGAAGGCAUAGCUGAGACAACCAUUGUCGAUAGCCAGAUUCCUUUGAGCGGUCCAAAUGCUGUCGUUGGGAGAGCAUUUGUUGUUCAUGAGCUUGAAGAUGAUUUGGGAAAAGGGGGGCAUGAGCUCAGCCUCAGUACUGGAAAUGCUGGUGGACGGCUAGCAUGUGGUGUUGUUGGCCUGACUCCGUUGUAGAUCUCCAGAUUGCAGCUCUAGUGUCCCUGUAGCAUCCAUGCUACCUUUUUUUUUUUGCCUUGAGUCGAGCUUCGAGCAACGUGUUUCUCGUAUUCCCUGGACCUCACACCUCUGAUGCUUAAUGGCUUCUGUUGAUCGUUUGUAUCGCAGUGUAAAGUUCAGUCGAGCAAAUAAGUAUUUUGGCAUGCCCUUGUUGAUCCAAGAAGCAUGAACUUGAGAUUUUCUAUGUACUACAAUCUGUCAGAUAAAAUAAAAUGCUUAUAGCGCUAUCUUGUUUGAUGUA